GUUAGGGGAAUCCCCAGUCAAUACAACCGCAACAAAGGAGAAAGCGGCCACCGCCAAGUAGCUGCAAUGCAUCUCCAGCUGCUAACUAUUCUCUGUUUGAUGUUCGCUUGUCGUCUUACCAUCGGCAGCGAUUCGUACAUUGUCGUCGCUCCGAAGACUAUACGUCCCGGUCUGAACGUCCGUAUCGGUGUUACAAUACUCCAGGCGACCUCCGACGUGCAGGUGCAGACUGUCGUGAUUGCCGACAGGAUAGGUACUCAAGUGACAGCAAGCAAGACCAUCUCACCGGGUGCGUCCGGCUUCAUUGAGUUGCAGAUGCCUAAUCGACUUCUCGAUGAAGAUGGACCAUACUCACUACGUGUGACUGGCAGUGGUGGACUGACAUUCAGGAAUGAAACGUCUCUUAAGGUUGACCAGAAAUGCGUGUCUGUGUUUAUACAGACAGACAAAGGCAUCUAUAAACCUGGACAAACAAUACUGAUGCGAUUUAUUGCUUACAAGCCGACUCUGUUGCCAUACAUCGGAACAGUCGAAGUGUCUAUUACAGAUCCUAAUGACAACCUCAUGGCAAAGUGGAAAGAUGUCAGCAUAGACAGCGGUGUUGCUUCUAGAGACUUCCCGUUGUCAAUUGAGCCACCGCUUGGAGAGUGGGUGAUAUCAGUCAGUGGAGAAUGUUUAACUGGCCAACAAACAUUUCAAGUUGACAAAUACGUUUUGCCCAAAUUUGAGGUGACUGUCAAACCACCAUCAUUUCUCGUUUCUAGUGAUACGAUUGUAAAGGGAACAAUAACUGCCAAGUACUCGUAUGGUCAACCAGUGAAAGGGACAUUGGAGCUGACGUUUUACCUACCAACACAAUAUUACAAGAAGCCACCUAAAACAUUACGAAUGUCAAACAUUCAAAUCAAUGGAACGAAAGCUUUCAUGCUGGACAGUAGCAAGAUUCGAAGUCUGCAGGAAGAUUAUUACAUUGAUCGCAAUGAAAAUGAUCUACCAAAUUGGGGACAACUGGCUAUCAACGCAUCUGUAACAGAGACACUGACAGGAACAACUUUGAGUGGUCAAGGUUUGACUACCUUCUACAGUCAUUCUAUCAAGAUGAAGUUUCAUGAAUCAACUCCUGAUACGUUCAAGCCAGGCUUGUCAUUUGUUGCCAGGAUUCUUGUUACAACCCAGGAUAAUAAACCUAUAGAAGGAACUAAUGUCACCAUUACUGCUAUGACCAAUAGAGGGUCGACUUCAUUUGUUGUUCAAGUCAUAGGUGGUAUUGCUGUGUUGAUAUACGAUGUACCAACGGGUGCCACGCGGCUCUCACUGAAUGCCAAGUGCAAGGAUCCACGGACAGGAAAUAAAGUGACUGCAUACAGUAACCCUAGCAUAAGCAAAUCUCCUAGCAAUAGCUUUAUUCAACUGUCAACGAGUACCUCGAGUGCUCAAAUUGGCACAUCUUUGAAUUAUGGAGUCAAAUCAACGUUUUCAUUUUCAAAACUCUACUACCAGGUGAUGGCUCGUGGCAAUUUGAUUGUGCACAACUUGAAGCAGUUGGACAGCUCUGCUACUAACACUAGUCUUGACGUCCCUGUAACCCACGCAAUGGCUCCAUCGGCUCAGAUUGUAGCCUAUGCGAUCACGAGUGAUGGCGAAGUGGUUGCGGACAGUCUUUCUGUCUCUGUUGCCAUCGGCUUUGAGAAUUCAGUGAACAUUUCGUUUGGUGUAACUGAGAAAAAGCCCGGCGACGAUGUGACAGUUACAGUUAAAGCGACACCCGAUUCGUUUGUGGCUGUUGCAGCAGUUGACUAUAGUGUUGCAUUACUAGCAGACACCAAUGAUAUCACACAAGCACAUGUUGUCGAUGAGCUUCAGUCAUAUGACACUUCAACUCCUGAUUGGAAUGACGGUCCUGUGUGGGCUUUUCGGCAGAGAAAACGUUCUAUAUGGUGGCCGUGGUCACCGGGUGGUCAAGAUGCGUAUAGCAUAUUUGAUAAAGCAGGAGUCGUGGUAUUGACAGAUACUACUUUGUACAGAGAAAAGCAAUAUCAUCACCGUUUCGACUGUCCAGACUGCAGAUUUGCAUUAGAUGGACCUGCAGUAACAGCACGUGCACCUAUUCAGUUCUCCAAGUCUGAUUUAGCCGAAACUGAUAGUGACAGUGCUCCAGCUACAGGUGACCUUUUAGAACCCGAGAGAACGAGAACUUUCUUUCCCGAAACAUGGUUGUGGUCUGAUGCAGUAACCGGAGCUAAUGGCAUGACAACAUUUACAAGCAAAGUUCCAGACACAAUUACAACAUGGGUCGCAAGUGGUUUUGCAGUCAACAACAGAACAGGAUUAGGUGUCCCUGCAACAAGAGCCGAGUUAAGGGCAUUUCAGCCAUUCUUUGUUUCUCUCAGUCUCCCGUACUCCAUCAGACGUGGAGAGCAGCUGGGUCUUAAAGUCACCGUGUUCAACUAUCUGGAUGUUGAUAUUACUAACGUGCUUGUAGAACUGGAAGAGAACAAAGAUCUUGUUCCUGUGUCGUAUAAUAUUUUGACAAAUGAAGCAGAACUAGUUGACACCUCGGAACCGCUUACACUCUCGAAGAGUAUUUCUGUCACAGCUAACAGUGGGACGACAGUUGUGUUUGCGGUUACCCCAAGAACAGUGGGUCAAAUUGUGAUCAAAGUAAUAGCGAGAUCGAGUGUUGCCGCUGAUGCCGUGGAGCGCCAGUUACUUGUUGUCCCUGAAGGUCGAGCAGUUGAUUACACUCAAAAUGUCUUGAUACAAAUGGAUCAAUCUGAUCAAAGUUAUAAGCAGUCGUUGUCUCUAACUUUGCCAUCAGAUGUCAUCAGAGACUCAGGCCGAGCUACUGUUUCAGUUAUUGGUGACUUGAUGGGCCCGACAUUAAACAAUCUAGAAAGGUUGGUGCGCAUGCCAUACGGAUGUGGAGAACAGAAUGCUGCCAGUACGGCACCAAACAUAUUUGUUCGUCAGUACUUGGAUGCAACAGGACAGUUGACAUUUGACCUGAAGUCAAAAACGAACAAAUAUAUGAUGACAGGAUACCAACGUGAGUUGAACUACAGACAUAAUGAUGGCUCGUAUAGUGCCUGGGGUGGACGAGAUGACAGUGGUAGCCUUUGGUUGACAGCAUUUGUUGUCAAAUUGUAUUCUCUGGCUUCUGACUUUGUAACUAUCGAUUCACAACAAGUGCAACUCUCAACAAGAUGGAUAGCAAGGAAACAAUCGUCGAGUGGCGUCUUUCCCACUGUUGGAAGACUCGUUGACACGUACAUAAAAGGAGGUCUUGAUGGAGAAACAGCCAACACAGCGUUUGUUCUCAUCUCACUUAUUGAAGCCAGAGAUGCAGCCAAUGUCAAUGGAGCACCGACAGUCAGUGGUGCUAUCACAAAAGCUCAAGGGUAUCUAGAAGGAAAGUUGAUAUCAACGAGUAGACAUUAUACUAUCUGUAUUAUGGCAUAUGCUCUUGCACUUUCUGGAAGCUCAAUGACAUCUCAAGCUAUCACCAAGCUGAAGUCUAUUGCGACUGUAGACGAUGGAGUAAUGUAUUGGAAGGAGUUGGGUGGCUCAAGUAGAAAGAGUAGCAACGACGAUUUCUUUUAUUAUCCUUACCACGCACCUUCGGCUGAAAUUGAGAUGACUGGUUAUGGUUUGUUGGCCAUUACGCAGAUUGGUGACAUUUCUGGUGGGCUGCCAGCUGCUAAAUGGCUGAGUCAACAGAGGAAUUCACUUGGAGGAUGGUCUUCAACUCAGGACACGUGUGUUGCUCUUCAAGCUCUCACUAAUUAUGCUGCUGCCUUGCGUCAAGGAUCCGGAUCUCUCAACAUUCAUCUGACUUCGGAUGUUGAUUUGGAUUUCUCACAUGUAGUUAGCGUUGAUUCUGACAAUGCUUUAGUGCUUCAACUAGCAGAGGUUCCUGUUGGUGGCAAUCUUAACUUGAAUGUGAAUGGGUCUGGAACUGCUCUUUUGCAGGCAACUGUGGCAUACAACGUUCCUGCACAUGGUAGUUCAGAACCGUCUUACCUGCUGGUAGUUGAUGUGUUGGAGAAGAAUGUUGGUGACAGUAUUGACAUAACACUCUGUUCAACAUAUAAAAAGGAUGAGGACUCUGGCAUGGUUGUUGUGUCGUCUGUGCUCCCAUCUGGAUUUGGAGUUGAUCAUGAUUCAAUGGAGACAUACAUGAAAUCCGAUUCGGAUGUGAAAAGGUAUGAUGUCAGUGGAGAUCAGGUGGACAUUUAUCUCAACCAGCUUGUGUAUAACAGCAAGAAAUGUGUAGUAGUCACAGCCAAUCGGCAGUAUGAUGUUGGAAAUGUGAAACCAGUACCCGCCGUUGUCUACAGCUACUACGAACCAGAUCUUGAGAAGGAGUCGGUGCUGUAUGCUCCAUCGAGCAUGGCCGGUGUAACUGUAUGUGAACUGUGUAUGUGUAACGAGAAUUGUGCUGGAUGUGAUGAUUACAAGAAAACUAUUGGAUGCUCCACACAGAACCCACCUUCGAGCUCUACAUCUGUUUCCAGUAUUACGUUGAUCACUGUUUUAAUGACUCUUGUUGGUAUGAUGAUGAGGUCCUUGCUGGAGUGAUUCUGUUGACUGGAUGUAAUGGGUGGUCAAGUGAGUGAACUACAUAUGAUGAACUUCAUUAGAUUUAUGGCUGGAUUGUAUAGGCUAGUGGUAGUAUUUAGAUAUAGCUAGUUAGUAUUCUUGCAUUGAUUUGGUUGCCAUCUGAGACCCAUACAUAUGAGUCUUGUCUUGUGAUUGAGCAAUUUUGCUGAGUAAAUUUAUCUAUACAUGAA